CAUGGGAUGAACCUGAAGUUCUGCAUAAUGCCAAGAGAGUGAGUCCUUGGCAAGUUGAGGUUCUUUCACCAACAGCACCUAUCCACACUGCAUUACCCCCCACAAAGAAAUUCAGAACCCCUCAGAGCUCUGGUCAGCUAACUGAUGGAGAGGGUGAUCUUUUCUUUCCUUUCUCAGGAUAUACUAAUUCAACAAUGGGACACAUAAGCCAAACAUUGUUGAAUUAUAACACUUUUCCUGCUAGCAUGCAGGGAGCCAGGCAAAAUCUAUUCAGCAAAUCCAGUUUAUCCAACUUCAUAAGUGAAAACAAUAUGUGCAUUGAUAAUUCCUUUGGCAACAACACGGUGCCAAAGUUGAAAAGUGUGUCUACUGAGCUGAAUAUUGGAAGUUCACAGUCUGAAAACUUAUCACCUGAUAGCCAGAGUAGUAUGCACUCCCCCUUUGGAACUGAAUUCGUUGGAACCCAAUACUGCAGCUCACCAAAAGUUGGUACUGGGUCCUUUCAGUUGUUUGGUAAGAUUAUUCAUACGAAUCAACCUGUUGAAAGUGGGUUCGAUGACAUUGGUUGUGCAGAAGAUGAUGGCAGUAAGGGGUACAAUGAAACUGAUGAUGUAAACAACCCACUAGAUCAUUCUUUGAAUUACACAAACUGCUUGACAGGCUUGAUGUUCAAUGCCAGAGAGCCUCAGCUGUCGGGGAAUGUAAUUUGUGAACUAGUGGUUGCAUCUAUGUCAUGCAGAUAAAUAGCUGUA